CAAAUCAAAUAUGGCUGCGCCCAUGGAUGACCAUCGGAUCUAGCUUAUUCUUCUUGAAUGCGGUUAAAUGAGCUUUAAUUUCUAGUUGUUGUGGUUGAUUGUUUCAAAAAUUAUUUACUCAUUUUGUAUUGAUGAUAUUGUCAUGAAGGUUUUCAAUUACAAACAAUGAUUUUUGUGUGAAAGUGGAAUUGAAAACAAAGGGUUUCACCGGCACCGCUGGGUUCGUCGACUUCGUACGGAAUCAUGGAUCAGAUGAUAUCUAAAGUGUCCAAGUUUGCGCCUACCAACGAAUUCCUUUUACAGGGAAGCAUCAUGGAGAAUGCGCACGACGUACUAUUGCAUCGACUUCGAGGUUUAUGUGACAACUCGGACAGUCCAUUCGAAACAUUCACAGACAACGAAAUGAUUUUCUCAAUGAAAAACACCACCAUCACACAGGCCCUAAAUCUAAGAGUGAGACACUCUUUGAUUGAACAAGACUCGUGGCAGGUGAGAUAUGCAGGUAUGGCCGAGAUGGGAGACAAGAAUCGCCCGACCAUGGUGAGGCAUGUCAUUGAUUGCAGUACCUCGGACAACAUUGUACUGUUCCUUAAUGAGCUGGGCUUCAGGAUGGACCAUGAAUUUGUUAUAAAAGGAUUUUAUUUCCAUAAAGGAAGAAUGAAGGUGACCGUUUCAAAGAUUUACAAGAUGAACCAGCCUGGAAACACAGAGAACCUGGAGCCAUUCUCGACGUCCAGCCUUGUUGAACUGUCCGUGGUCACUCAGCAGUCUGGUGGGGAGGGCAUUGCCGAGGACAUGAAAAGCUUCUCAGAACAACUAAAACCACUUGUGCAGCUUGAGAAGGUGGAUCAUCGACGACUGCAAAACAUCUAGAUAUCUGCCUGAUCCCUAAAACGUAUCAUUCUCUAUAGGGUGGAUACAAGGUUUGUCAGAUUCUAGGAAACAAGAAUCCGUGACCUUUGAAGGCUUCUGUGGAAAUAAUGAGGUCUUGCUUUAAUAUUCCUGAUGUCUGUUAUUUUGGUGUAAUAAUAAUGCCAGAUUCCAGUGAAGAGUUCUUCAUCUUCAAAUACAAAAUGGUCAAGGCCGAGAGACAUCAUUGAAGGCAGUCACUCUCACUGUUACUGACAAAGUCAGUGUGUCUCUUUUUAUUGUUACUUAUGAACAAAGACUUUACCUCGCUAAGUACUGGAAAAAAACAACAAACACUGUCAAUGACAACUUGGGAGGAUCUUAGGAAAACAGGUGAACCUUGGUAUUCCUGAAUGCUUGCCUUCUAGAAAUGGAUUUCCAGUUACAUUAUCGGGACUAUUUCUACAAUAGAUGUGUUGAAGAUCACCUUGGACAGCUACUCUCUGGCUGCAUGUUACACAAUGACUGAAGUCAAGUUCAAAUGGAAUUCAAACCAACAAUAUUACAGUACAGUAUUUGACCAAAUGAAUGCCCCAUCCUUUAUAAGCACCUCCUAUCCUUUUUUUCUGCCACAGGAGUCCCAUCCCUUCACCAUAAUUUUUCAACAUACUUUGAAAUAGUUUCCGUUAUCGCUGUUCUUUUUUUGUUUAUUUAGAACUUUGGAAAAAUCUGCAAUCAUUCUAAUUUUACCAAAAAAUCUAAAAGCCUAAAGCAUUUAUUGAGUCAAAUAUGGUAAUGUCAUUAAAGGCGCCGCAAGGAGAGCAACCAUUUUCUCAUUACAAUGUACUUAAAUGUAAAUGUAAAACCUUUAACUUUCAUCAUAAGAUGGUGUACCUGAUGAUUGGGGAGUUAUUUGUGGAACAAAUGUCGUACACAUGUAUGUGUGUUGAUAUUCCAUGAUCUGAAGAGGUUAUCACGAACGUUGAAUCUCUUAAUACAUGUAAUGAUUUUCUUUACUUGAAAAUAUAGAAAAUUCUCAAGGACAUGCUGGUAUUAAUAAUGACAUUAUAAUUAAUAAAUUUGGUCUUGAAAUAUUUUGAAUUGAUAUGUUGAUAUACAAAAUAAAUGUACAUGUG